AGGGAAUCUAGUUUCAUUCAUUCCUCCUGGCAUUAUUCUUCCCUUUUAGGACUCGUCAGUAAGUUGCUGACUCCAGGUAUUGUGCUGGUAAACAUGGCGGCCACACGUCGAUUCAGCUCUCAGUUGCGAUUGAGACCGCCGACCUUUUCAGUGCUCAAUUCAACAUUGAUUUUCGCAUUCAUUGCAGCAUUGCUGCUCGUAUCCACGAAAGCGGCUUCGCGAAACCCUUUCUUAGACUUGUCGGCCAGAUUUGACGGUAGAUCCGAAGCCAGAUUCGAUGCCACAUUCGGCAAUCGACGGUCGGUAGACGCCAAGCCGCCGGCGGUGCACAAUCAGCCGUUGAUCGGCAUCCUCUCACAGCCAGGGGACGGCGACGGGGGACGCGCGCCGCGUGUGAACGCCAAGGGAUGGGCGAAUGCGGGGAAUCUGGAGGUGGAAUCGAGGCGGCGGGAGGAUCUUAACGUGUCUUAUAUCGCGGCGUCUUAUGUGAAGUGGGUGGAGAGCGCGGGAGCGAGGCCGGUGCACAUCCUCUACGACGACCCCGACUGGUUGCUGGCGAAGAAAUUCCGGGCCAUCAACGGUCUGAUCCUGCCAGGGGGCGGCACGGACCUCGUUCCAGGUCCCUUCUUCACCGCCGUGGAGAAGCUGCUCAAGAUGGCGCUGGCAGCCAACGACGCAGGGGACUACUUCCCCGUGCAGGGCACGUGCAUGGGCAUGGAGGCGCUGACCAUCUUCUUCAGCCAGGAUUUCAACAUCCUCGAGUCAAAGGCGUUCGAUGCGGAGGACAGCCCAGAGGCGCUCAGGUUCACAGAUGACGAGUCCAAGAGGCGCGCCUACUUCAGCUGGAUGACUCCGGACCUGCUGGAGCGCAUUCAGAAAGAGAAGAUCACCAUGGAGAAUCACGAGGACGGCACUACAGUGGAACGAUUUCUAUCCAACGACCACCUGAGGGAGUUCUUCCACAUCCUCACCACCUCAAUCGACAGAAACGGCACUGAAUAUGUGACAACCAUAGAGGCGAGAAACUACCCUAUUUACGGCACUCAGUGGCAUCCAGAGAAGACGGCGUUUGAGUGGGGUCUACCGCACAUCCCCCACUCGGCCCAUGCUGUGGCUGCUUGUCAGGCCACUGCCAACUUCUUUGUCAAUGAGGCCCGUCGCUCCACGCAUCGGCCCGAGUCAGAAGAGGAGAUGGAUGACAUGCUCAUCUACAAUCAUGCGCCGAUAUUCUCUGGCAAGAAUGGGAGGGGCUUCUUUGAGCAGUCGUAUGUUUUCAAGGAGGUAUCCAAGGCUGGUGUUGUAUAGAUUUUAGGAAUUUUCAAGAGAUGGCAAGUGUUACUAUUGUGGAAUGGAUAUGUUCAAUCAUGGGUAAGCUCCUGAAAGCCAAACCAGAAAUAAGUGCCACACGUUAUACGCACUGAUCUAGCCAAUGCUGAGCAUAUUUGAGAGUUGUGUUGUUCAACAAUAUCCAGUAUGCAUUGUGCUAGUGCAAGUGUUUCUCAAUAAUUACAGUUAUUG